UUAGAUUCUAACGUAUUUAGCGUUCUUGAACGAUGGAGUGACCACUUCACUGAGUGAAUUUUUGCUUAUCCAAUUCAACGGUGAUUGAUUGGAGAAUUGAAUUGGAAACCUCAAUGGAAGUUGAACCCUCUAACACUGAUUCUGGAUCCAAUCAAAGACCUCAAGUUGUAUACCGCUGCAAGAAAUGUCGUAGGAUUGUUGCUUCAGAGGAGCAUGUUGUUCACCAUAAACGCGGAGAGGGACAGAAGUGCUUCAAAUGGAAAAAGAGAAGUGAUGAAUCAGAUGAUCCACCUGAAUGCUCAUCUAUUUUUGUGGAGCCAAUGAAGUGGAUGCAAGUAGUUGAAGAAGGAUGCAUAGAAGACAAGCUUCAGUGCAUUGGUUGCAAAGCUCGACUUGGUUCCUUCAACUGGGCAGGCAUGCAGUGCAAUUGUGGGGCAUGGAUCAAUCCUGCUUUUCAGCUGCAUAAAAGUCGAUUAGAUGAGUGCCGUAGUUGAGUUUUCGUCUCAUAAAGAUGAAGAGAAAUCCAACAAUGAUGUAUCUUUAGACGAUGUUGCAAUAUAUAAAGAUGAUGGAAGUUUUCUGAUA